AUGGCUUCACGUCCACUGUAUCUUGUGGCUUUCCGAGGAGCUCCUUCGCAGCGAAAGCAUUUCGCUAUAUUCCUUCCUAACGAAGGCGAAACUGAAAAAGGCACAGUCAUCCAUGUUGUCGGUGCCCCAAUGGCCGGAUACCAACACGAGUUCAAGCGGAAUUACAACCCUUUCAUGAGCAAAACAUUUCAUGCCGUCGUCCAGAUUGGACAAAUUGACAAGUCCCAUAUUGCCUAUCCCCAAGGCGACAACUUUGAAAAAAGCGACACACCAAUGGGGGAUCUCGAAGUGACGGCUUCUCGGGUCCGACCACCUCCAAUCAGUCAAAACUUCUUAGCUCCAGUCGAUGGCGUGACCAACAAGCGAUGCCAAGAGUGGACUGUAGAGUUCGUUGACAAGCUCAUCGAGAAAAACUACAUUGAUGCUCAAGCUCGAGAGAUCGUGCAGGCUCACCGUGAUCCCCCAAAUCACGGUGUUGGCCUACAGCCAGUCGGCCAAGGACGCGGAGCCGCAUGA